UCAAAAAACAGACCGUACCAUCCAUAUACCAUAUUCGCCCCCAAAAGUCUUCCUGUCUGUGUUCUAAAUACAUUCAUUCUUCACGAAAGAUAAGAUUUAAUGAUGAUGCUUGUACAAAAAAUUCAGACAAAAAAUCGAUUUUCAAGAAUAAUAGCCCCAUUUUCACGGUACAAUCACAAUGGGUUUACUCUUGGGAGUCUAUCGUACAAAAAGCUUCCUGAACAGCUACUUCAGAUUUCUAUUCUCAAAUUGGAUGGCUCUUCUUUUAACGUUCAUGUAUCAAAGAAUGCUACUGUGGGUAGUCUAGAAUUGGCAGUGGAGGAAUUUUAUGGCGUUUUACCUGAGGAUGAAGGCAACAUUUUCUGGUCACUUAUAUGGAGCCACUUCUGUUUGUGCUACAAGGGUCAAAAGCUAAUCAAUGAGAAAGCUUGCCUUCAAAGUUAUGGGAUCAAAGAUGGUGAUGAGCUUCGUUUUAGCCAGCAUUUGAGGAUUGACCACAAACUUGCUCGACACCAAUCUGAAAACCACUUUGUUGUAUCUGAACACCACUCACUAUCAAAUGCUUGCGACGCAAGAGCUAAUGGAUAUGUUAUCAUAGAAGAUCAAGAAAGUGAUGGAAAGCACUUUGAGUAUGAAGAAGACUUGGCCUUUCCUCGAGAAAAAUUCAAUUUAUCCCACUUUUUGAAACAGUGGUUAUCAUGUUCGAAAUUGCACAGUUUGAAAAUAGGUAGAGGUACACGUCGACUUAGAUGAUUAUGACGUGGAAGAAUGAACAAAUUGGCAGAGGUCGCUCAUUCUAGCGUGAAAGUAUAAUUGAUCAAGUAUGUUAGAGUCUUGAGAUUGCAGUAUCAACUGUCAAAGGUAGAACUCGUAGUAUGUUUGAUAUGACUUGGGAAUAUGAAGAAAGUGAAAAUUGAGUUCAUUUUCUUACUGAAUGAAACAACCAUGUAGUAUGCAGCAUAUUUUGAAUAUACAUGCUUAAAAUGCAGCACAUUUGAAAAUGACAUUA